GGUGUGAAUGAUUUGCUUGACAUUGGUAAAUUCUCUUUCAUGAGCGCAUUGGGGAAUACCGAAAUGGCAAGAUCCGAGCCGAUGUGAUUGACCCCUGCGAAUAUUCGGAAGCCAUUUAUCCCAAACAGGCCCUGCUAUGGUGAGGUGUGUCAGCGAUGACGGAUGUGGAGGCGACCUAUGAGGACUUCAUCGCCUCUCGACGAUCCGGCCGCAGGAAUGCCAUCCAUGAUAUUCCAGACGCUCCUGGAGAACCAGGCACCACUGAUCUGUCGGAGAGUCUGGCACAGCUCAGCAUCAACAAGUCAGGUGAUGAGGGAGAAGAUGCUGAGAAAAGCCAGAACUCUCCAACUAAAGAAGAGCAGACUCAAGCUGAGGGAAGCUAAGUGCCAAGGGCCACCGGACAUUUAUGGACUAGAGCAGCCACUUCUUUUAGUCUAUCUGCUCUAAGCCUCUGACUGGCCAGUUGCAUCUAAUGACUGUGAACAGCAAAAUCCUCUAUUGCCACUAUCCUGCCAUCAGGAAGUCAUCACUAUGGCAACCACAGCACAGUCUCUCUCUCUCUCUCGCUUGUAAUUGGGUGUGUUCCAAUUUCCUUAAAAACCUUCCUUCCUUUGCUGCCUUUUGUCCAAGGCUGCUGAUAUCAGAUUGGAUGUAAUUUAAGGUGAACUAAACAUGAUGUCAACAACCAAAACCAGCCCACUUUUGACUGUGAGUGGUUUUGAGUGGAAAGUGGAGGGAGGAAAGGAGGCUAGUAAAGGUUUUUAGAGCACCCUUAAGUGUAGCCACAGAAUUAAAAUUUGUCUUCCCCUC